ACACAAUCGCGUCGAGCAGCGUCGUUGACGUAAGGUUGACGGAUAAUUUCAGUCGUCUGCUCGAUGCGUAUGGGUGCGAUGAUGUUAAGCAGAACAAUGGCAUAGCAAAUAUAACCUUAAUUAAGCAUUCGUAGUACGAGGUAUUUGUUUGUACGAAGCGCCGAGUCAUCGAGAUAAAAAGACGCGAUGGACGGUAAAGAAAGUUUAAAAACGAACGAACAGAUCAUCGAGGAGCUUACAAAAGAUCUCGAAAGUUCUUGUAUCAAGGUAGACGAAAAGUCCGCGUCGAACGAAGGUGCUGAAUCAACAUUGGAUAGUGGUGACUCAAAAGACAGUGAUGGUAAAGUCGUUACAGAGAGUGGUGACGAUGAAACUGAACAAGAUACGAACGUUCCGAAAGAUUUCAUCGACGAGGAGUCGUUGAAAGACAGGGAACUUACUCUUUCCGAAAGCGAGAAAGAGACUCUGAAGGAGGAAGCGGACAAACUAAAAAACCAGGGAAAUGAUUUUUUUAAGAAGGGAGACUAUACAGAGGCGGUAUCCAUGUACACACAAGGGCUGCAGACCUGUCCACUGGCCUACAACAAAGAAAGAUCCAUUUUGUACGCUAAUAGAGCUGCAGCAAAAUCAAAACUCUUGGAAAAGGAACCCGCCAUAUCUGAUUGCACAAAGGCCAUAGAAUUGAAUCCCGAUUAUGUCAAAGCCUAUGUCAGGAGAGCCCAAUUGUACGAAGAGACAGAAAAGCUUGACGAAGCUCUGGAGGAUUAUAAGAAGGUUCUAACGUUCGAUCCAGCACAUACAGAAUCAAAUUAUGCUGUUCGAAGGUUACCUCCACUGAUCCAAGAAAGGAACGAAAAACUAAAAGCCGAAAUGCUCGGAAAGUUAAAGGACCUGGGAAACAUGGUGUUGAAACCGUUCGGACUUUCUACAAACAAUUUCGAACUACAAAAGGAUCCAAACAGCGGUGGUUAUUCCGUUAAGUUCCACCAACAUCAUAGUUAAUAAGUAACCGCGAUCGGGAUACAUGUUCCAUAAGCGAUGAACUGAACGUGUCAUGGAACAUGUUUAUAAAUACUUAUGUUAAUUCUAUUCGAAUGUGUGCUGUUCGUGAAGCGUAAUAAAAUUGAAACGAAGCUGUUCGACGUUCCAUGAAAAACGUUCUAAUUCGCGCACUAAUGAAACUUUUCGUUACUUCAUCGCCUCUACUUGCAAGACAACUUCAAUGACUGUUAAACUUUCAGAAAAUGCAGGAGAAAUCUUCGCGAAUCAGCUCCUAUAAAAGUAGAGGUUUGAAGGUACUUGAGGUAUUUGUUUCUGCAGUUUUCUUCUAGCUUUAAAUAAAAUUUCUAUCAACACGUUUAA